AUGGAUAUGAUGAUGCUGGUGGCGGCGGCGGCUGCGACUGUGGCUGCAACGCUGACAGCAGUGGCCCCGGUGACAACGAUGACGGUGGUGGUCCCGGUGGCAACGAUGACGGCGGUGGCCCCGGUGGCAACGAUGACAGCGGUGGCCCCGGUGACAAACGAUGACGGCGGUGAUCCCGGUGACAACGAUGACGGCGGUGGCCCCGGUGGCAAUGAUGACAGCGGUGGCCCCGGUGACAACGAUGACGGCGGUGGUCCCGGUGGCCCCGGUGGCAACGGUGGCAGUGGCGGUGGCCCCGGCAACGUGUCACAAGAUUCGGUACGACCCAGACUGGCGAAUUAUAUUCUCCUG